AUGCGCAAAGGUCGCCCAAUGAGCGUCAAUGAGCUCGUUCAACUUCGACGAGAGCUGGGUCCCUCUGUGGUCAUAGUCGAAUGGGUUAAGCUAGCACCGGAUUCAUACGAUCUAUACGAUAUAUUGAUGGUAGUGUAUCAGCCGGGAUCGCUUAUCACCCCCAGUGCCAUAGGUCACUUCAAGGAAGCAGACGUGGAAAAAUGGAUCAAUGAGUGUCUCAGUGUCGAUGAUUUUGCAGAUCCCACGCGGAACGAGUAUUAA